CUGUUUUGUACCUGUGUACAACUGCCUUAAACCCAAUAGGAAAACGACCAUUCAUAAAAAGAUAAAACAACGCACUGCGGGUAGUUGAAACGCAAACAUGAAGACGUUCGAUGGAAUCCUUGAUGAAAUUGGAGGAAUGGGAAGGUACCAAAUACUUGCUAUAUUCUUAUUAGCACUACUUGAAAUCCCAGGGGCGUUCCAUAAUAUCAACUACGUCUACAUUGGUGCAAAACAAGACCAUUUUUGCGCACCAUCGCCUGAGUUAUCUGCGUUGAAUCUAACCAAAGAUGAACUAAGAAAUUACACCAUACCGUAUGAAGUGAAAGAUGGAACACGUGAAUACAUGAAAUGCGGACAGUUUCGUCGGAACUAUUCCUCGAUCGGCAGAAAUGAUGUGCAGCUCUGGCUUGAUGAAUAUAUCAAAGAGAACUAUACACAACCCGACGAUUUGCCCAUUGGGGAAUGUAGCGGGUGGUUGUAUGAUACGAGUAUAUACCAGACAACCAUUAUAUCCGAGGUGAGUAUACCAUGUACAUAAAAACGUGUGAACGUAGAACAAAUAUUAUUAGGUUACCACUAUCAAAAUAAGGUAACAUUGUGUAA